AUGGAGUACUUUGACUUUGACGAUGCGUCUCACACUCAUCUGGGUGGGGAUACGAGUGACUAUGCCCAUACGUUUCCGGAGCCGCAGGAAGCAGAGCCCCAGAUCGAGCCCUGCUUUGAAGAAGAUGCCCUGCUAGGAGACGUCCCUGUCCUGCCCCCAGCUCCUCUCAUUCCUGCACAUCUUGAUCAGACUAAGAGGCUACGAGUCAACAACACUUACGUCGAGGUCGAGAGACAUCCCGAUGAUUUGGAUGGCGCUUUCCCCAUGUUCAGAGCCAAAACCCCCUGUGAUCUAUGCAGACGCAUGGGUCUGGACUGCUUCAUCGCCCAGAAAGGUGCCCUGAUCAAUGGAUGUACCUGCUGCAUCUCUCUCUACCGCGAGUGCAGCUUUACCUUCACUCAGCGCCAGGCCCAGGGGAAUUUCCUGGCCAUAUUGGGCAAGGUGACAGAAGACGUACAGGAAUCUGAAGGUGCACUUACCACCAAACGAGCUCUCAAAUCCCUGCCCGGGUCGGCUGGGUUUGAUGAGAGUAGGUGCCGGAAGAAUGGAGCAAGACUGUCAAGAGAGGCGGUCAAAGUUCUCAAUACCUGGCUUGCUGGGCAUGCUGACCAUCCGUAUCCCACUGAUGUUGAAAAGGACAGACUGAAAGAGAUCACAGGGCUUAAGCGAAGUCAAAUCUCCAACUGGCUUGCUAAUGCCCGGCGCAGAGGCAAAGUCAGGUCAACCUCAUAUGCUGCAUCUCCAGUCGUCCGUGCUAUCGAUAUACCUCCAUCAUCCCAUGCUGAUUUAGACCUUGAGGACAUGACACCCCUGGAGAGAUGGAAACAUUCACCGCCCGAGCAUGAAGCUGCUUCGACUACUGCCAUCAUGCGAGCCGUGGCGGAUGCUCCCUUUAGCGCUGGCCGAAAUUCAUCGCAGUCAAGUCUGCAGGGCUCGCGCCAGGGUUCACGCCGCACCUCCAGCAACGACGACUCGAACUAUUCCAUCUUCCAGGCUCCGUCCAUCAGCAGUUUGGAGACUAGCCGUAGCAGCGCUUCCGGCAUAUCGUUUACGUCUGCUAUGUCCCAUCGAUCUCGAGGCUCGUUCGGGUCUUUGGAUCACAAAGAGCGCCGUCGACGUCGGAGAGCACCAUUGAUUCAGCGUUACUCGUCUCAGAAACCCAGAGGAGCACGCAUCUUCCAAUGUACAUUUUGCGCAGACACUUUCCCUUCCAAGUACGAUUGGCAGCGACAUGAGAAGUCACUUCAUCUAGCCCUCGAACGUUGGGUCUGCUCACCUGACGGGGGUCUGGCACAUGUGGAUGGUCAGGCAGUCUGCGUCUUUUGCCGUUUGCCAAACCCGACCAACGACCAUCUCGAAAUGCACAAUUUCAUAGCUUGCCAGGAGAAGACGCUCACAGAACGAACCUUCUACCGGAAAGAUCACCUCAGGCAGCACCUCAAAUUGUUUCAUGGCACCAAAUUCGAUCCAUCAAUGGAAUCCUGGAAAAGCAUGAUCUCUGAGGUCAAAUCAUCAUGUGGUUUCUGUCCAAGCGUGUUCAGUACCUGGGAGCAACGCGUAGACCAUCUUGCGGCUCACUUCAAGAACGGUGCUGACAUGAGCGCAUGGGCGGGCGGAUGGGGCUUCGAACCUCACGUAGCGAAAUUGGUCGAAAAUUCAGUACCGCCUUAUAUGAAUGCCACUGAGAGAUCGAGCAUGGAUCCAUUCGUUGCAAAGGCCACCACCCCGGGUAGUGCUGAGGAGACGAAUUUAACAUUCGCUACCACGGCACCCUCUACGCUGGCUGACUCAAAUUGUUGGAGACGCCUGGAACAAGUCCUGAGUGGAUAUAUCACUCAACACAAAGCAAUGGGGCAUAUCCCAACCGACAAAGAGUUGCAAGAUCAAGGUCGGCUGAUUGUCUUUGAUGACGAUGAUCCUUGGAAUCAGACAGCGGCAGAUAACGAGCAGUGGCUUGCAACUCUGAAGUUUCAGCACGGUAUUGGCGAAGAUCCGGGCGCAGCUCCUAAAAGACUAGAAGAGGUGCCCAUCACCCCACCUUAUGCCAUCCGGGGUGGCUUGAAGCACGGACGAGGGUUUGGCUGUACGGGCGAAAGGAAAGCAGGAUAUUCUGCACCUGAUGGCCACGCGGCUAUAGCUGCUUCUGCUCCGGCGGCUUUGGAUCCUCUCCUGGACUUUGAUUUUGAUCAGCUUAACUUCAACACCCUCGAUAUGGUCAUGGUAGACGGGGUCGAAGACACGACAGCGAUGAACGAGCUUUAUGGAAACACUCAGACAAUACAGAAUGGCAAUAUGCCUGCCUUGGGCAGUUGGGAGAUGCCGGCCAGCACUGAUGUGGUCGAUGACAGCACCGAGCAUUUGAUGAGCGAGCACGACUUGAAACAGCUGUCGGGAUAUAUGGCCAGCUUUCGCUGA